CUCAUCACACGUGGUGAUUCAGUCCAGCAGGCAUUUUCGUGAGAAUAAUACACCAACAUGGCAGAUGUGGCGAAAGAAAAACUGUCUAAAAACAAUUUUGAAUAAAGAUUCGAAUAAAGUCAAAUCCAUGGAGUUUUGAGAGGGAGAGGGCAACAAUUGAGUUGACAUAAAGAAUGUUUCGUCCGAUAACCAAACAUCUGGCUCUGAUCCUGACACCGGCAUUGCCGAAUUCGUGUUUGAGCUCUCAAUAUCUAAAAUUGCGUCAUAUCUCAGUGUGUGGACCUGCAUUCAAUGAACUGAAACGCAGGCUCAAGGCUGAACAGAAACUCAAGGAGAAAACGGAAAAGGAGGCGAAAGUCAAUGCAGAAAAGAGUGAUGCCAAAAUUAAUGAUAAGAAGGAUGGGCUCAAUGAUGCUGAUAUCAGUCCUAAUGAGUACUUUAAACUGCGCUCGCACGAGAUAAAUCAGCUGAAGGCGUCCAACGAUAGCCCGUACCCUCACAAAUUCCACGUGUCCUCAUCCUUGGAGGAUUUCAUCCAGAAAUUCUCGGAGAAGGUCAAAAAGGGAGAAAUCCUCCAGGACGAUGUUCUCAGUAUUGCUGGGAGAAUUCACUCAAUCCGAAGAGCAGGUGCUAAACUCAUCUUCUACGACCUGAGAGGAGAGGGUCUGAAGGUGCAGAUAAUGGCAAAUGCCAAGUAUUACGAGAAUGAAGAGAAUUUUCUCUCCGACAACGAGAAAAUUGGUCGUGGAGACAUUGUGGGUGUCAUCGGGGUGCCAACCAAGACAAAGUUGGGGGAAUUUUCCAUUUUACCUCGUAAGAUUUCACUGCUGAGCCCCUGUCUCCAUCAACUGCCACACCUGCACUUCGGGCUCAAGGACAAGGAGACGAGAUUCCGUCAGAGAUACCUGGAUUUGAUUCUGAAUAAUUCAGUCAGACAGAAGUUCCACGUGAGAGCAAAAAUAAUUGCUCACGUUAGGAAAUUUCUGGAUGACAUGGGGUUCCUGGAGGUUGAGACUCCCAUGAUGAAUAUGAUCGCUGGUGGAGCCACUGCUAAACCAUUCGUGACCCAUCAUAAUGAUCUGAAUAUGAAUCUCUUCAUGAGGAUCGCACCAGAGUUGUAUCUGAAGAUGUUAAUUGUGGGUGGAAUUGACCGGGUGUACGAAAUCGGUCGUCAAUUCAGAAACGAGGGAAUUGACAUGACCCAUAAUCCAGAAUUCACAACCUGUGAAUUCUACAUGGCAUACGCCGAUUACAACGAUCUCAUGAAGAUAACAGAGGACAUGAUAUCAGGAAUGGUGAAAAGCAUUCAUGGCAGUUACAAGAUUAAAUAUCAUCCGGACGGUGCGGAUGGUGAAGCUGUCGAGAUUGACUUCACGCCGCCCUUCAGAAGAGUCUCGAUGAUAAAAACCCUCGAGGAGAAGUUAAAAGUGAAGUUCCCAGAGGCUGACGAACUCAGUACGAAGAAGGCCAAUCAAUUCCUGAGUGAUUUGUGUGUGAAGCACGAGGUGGAGUGCCCUGCUCCCAGGACAACAGCCAGAUUACUGGAUAAACUCGUUGGGGAUUUCAUCGAGGAGACGUGCAUCAAUCCUACGUUUAUCGUGGAUCAUCCGCAGAUAAUGUCGCCUCUUGCCAAGUGGCACAGAUCGGAGAAGGGCCUCACCGAGAGAUUCGAGUUGUUCGUCAUGAAGAAGGAAAUCUGUAAUGCUUACACCGAGCUGAAUGAUCCUGUCGUGCAAAGAGACAGAUUCGAGCAACAAGCUAAGGACAAAGCGGCAGGUGACGAUGAAGCUCAACUUGUCGACGAAAAUUUCUGCACAGCUCUUGAAUACGGUCUUCCACCAACUGCUGGCUGGGGUCUCGGUGUCGAUAGACUAACGAUGUUUCUCACUGACUCCAAUAACAUCAAGGAAGUGCUGUUCUUCCCAGCUAUGAAGCCAGACGAUCCACACAAAAACAAAGAAAUCAACGAGGAGGAGAAGAACUCGGAGAAUACCCCUGAGAAAUAAUGAGUGGUAUUUAUGAGAAAAUGUGUUUUCAUUCUUCAAUACAUUUUGCAGAGACUGCACAAUA